CGUGUUCCAUGUCUGCAGGCGGUUGACGGAUUUCUGUCUUCUUUCCACUCUCACAAUCGGUCGACCGGACCAAGAUUUCCAAGAGAUAUCAUCAUGCGUUCUGUCGCGCAUGGGCUAUUCUUUUCCUUGAUUUGGAUGUCUUUCCUAUGUUUGGGAACUUUUGCAAGCAUAGUGGAAGCACGAGAAUUGACUGUCGCAGACUUUCCGUCAUGCAGUCUUCAAUGCAUGAUUCCUAUAAUUCCUACAAGUGGAUGCGCUAUAGAUGACUUGAACUGUAUUUGCAAAAAUGAGAAACUUACGGAAGAACUCUCUGCGUGUCUUCUUGACGGCUGCACUGUGGCAGAUAUACAGAACACUUCAAGAGUCCAAGCAAGUCUCUGUCAUUUUCCUAACGACAACAAACAAUCCGAACUAUUUUGGUCCCUGGCAAUUUCCUAUAUUUUGAUCACUCUAUCCGUCGCACUGCGCAUCAUCGGUAAAUUUGUUGCGAAAAGACUCUCGAAAGACGAUAUCGUGCUUCUCGUUGCAUUCUUCUUGAAUGCAGUACCUAUCGGAAUCACUUUCACAAUGAUCGAUCAAGGACUUGGAAAACAUUUAUGGAAUCUUGAAGACGGGAGGCUCGUACCUAUCAUCCGGUUCUUCUACAUCGCCGCCAUUAUUUACAUCGCUGUUCUCGGGAUCCUGAAGGCUUCUGUGAUCCUAUUCUACAUUGAAAUAUUCCAACAGACCCCUCGAUUUUGCAUUGUUGCCUACUCAAUACUGGUCUUGAUCGCGGCGAACACCAUUAUUCUAUGCUUUGUCACGGCAUUUGCUUGUCAGCCGGUUGAAGCCUUCUGGAAUCGCGAUGUAAAGGGCACCUGUUUAAGUGUUCCUGGCAUAGGAAAUGCCGUGGGAGCUAGCGCAAUAGUGCAAGACAUCAUCCUGCUAUUUCUGCCGAUCAUAUUCAUCCAGACCCUGAAUAUGACUCGCGCUCGCAAAUUCGCCGUUGGGUGCGUGUUUAGCAUCGGCGCAUUCGGCUGCAUUGCAACCGCGCUUCGACUGAAAGCCAACCCCAACUUCAAAGAAUCACUCGACCCCACAUGGAAUUAUGGAGCCGGCAUGAUGUGGACAGAUUUCGAAGCUUGCGCUAUCUACAUCUGCAUUUCUCUUCCUUCUAUUCGGAUUCUGAUAGUUCGAAUCAUGCCUGGCCGCGUCAAAUCGUUCUUUUCAAGGAUAUCCCAAGUCUCAAGUGACAAGAGCCCGCAGCCGACGACGAUCGGCCAUAAACGACCUCCGCGGAGCUUUCUUAGCAAGAUAUUCCCACAUAGCCCGUUGUGGCCUGGUUUCACAUCACGUAGCGGGCGUUCUUAUGGUCUGUCCUCCUCAUCUACAUGGGUGAAUCACAAUGAAUCCACAAUUGGGAUCACUCGUGUAUCGGGAGAUGCACCUCAAAAAGAUGAUGUUGAACUGCAGGAGUCGUUUCAGAUGUUUCGGAAAUACUGGAACAAAGAGUCGGGUCAGGUCAAAGUUGAGAGCAAGUCACAGGCGGAGGUUUAGGCACCUAUCUUUUUUAGUUCGGCAUAUCCUGCUGACGUGUUAAUGUUGGCGUUGACUUCGGUAUGAUGCAUCUCACCCAUCUCUAUUUGGUUAUUCAACGACCAUCACUUUGCCUUCAAGAUCCGGAAAUGUGUGCCAUCAAGCAAUUGAAGUUUUGUAUCGAAUCCGAUUAAUGUCGUGAUGCUCAAGUGCUUUCCGUAUCCAAUGGAGUAGUAUUUCUAUUUCAACUUGUAAUGCUAAUAUAUAUCAAACAUUAUUGGUAUGUUCUAUGUUCUAUGUGUCUGCGAGGCGAUGUUCGCACACAUGAAAGCCCGUACCAUUAACCAACUGCCAUAAUACCAUAAUCGUCAGCAGGUUAACCCGCUUCAUUAAACCCCAUCUCUCAACGGUCUAUUCAAACGGGAAAACGUCAAUAAAAAAACGAGUCGGUGUUAUGAAAGACGAAAACUUCCACAUUCAGUUACAAGACUCUCAUAAGAAUCUACCUUC